AUGAAGAGGCUAGGAGCGACCCGCCACGCCGCGAUAGCAGUCUUAGCUCUCCUCCUAUUAGGGCUCGCCACGUGUCGUUCACAGCCGGAGGACGUCGAGGCAUUGACAGGUCAGCCUGCGGCCCUUCCCGACGACACUCAAGUCGCGGACGCUUUCAGCGCCGCAAUCGGCGGCGGAAGCGGCGGAGGCGGCGGGUCCGGCGGAGACGAAGCAGAUACGUAUUCAGACGAUUGGGAGGAUCCUCUUCCCGGAGACCACCCUAACGGGGAUGACACGAUAGUAGACACGUCAGAUGACGUCGAAGCGGUUGUUCCGCCGGGAAACGCGGCGAACCGUAACGUUAUUCCGGGUAAUCGCAAACCAGGCGAUUUAGUGCCGGGGGAAGAGGAAGAGGAGGCGGACGGGGGAGCGGAGGGGGGAGCGGGGAGGGGAGUGAAGGGGCGAGCGGAAAAGGGAGUGAGGGCGCAAGCGGUGGGGGAAGCUGAAGGGGGGGGAGCGGAGGAAGGGGGAGCGGCGGAAUGGGAGGCGCAAGAGGAAUUGGCGGAAGAGGAGCCGGAAAACCCGUGGGUGGAAAACGGGAGGGGGGAAGGUUCUUCCGCCGCUGUGGCGCAAGCGCAGGACUACCAGCCGGGUGGGGAGGAUGCUUUUGCGCAAGGCCUAAACGGAAAGGCAGAGGCGCAAGCGCAGAACGACCAGUCGGGCGGGGGGAACAGUUUUGCGGAAGGGCUGAGCGGGAAGGCGGAGGCGGAAGAGGAGCCGAGCAGUGAUUGGCCGGCGGGGGAAGCGGGGGAAAGCGCAGAGGAGGAGGUCGGGGACGAGAGCGUGGGCGGCACUGCGACUAUCCAGGAAGCUGAUAACGGGUAUGGCGACACAGGCGGGACGUUUGAGCGGAACGUGCCGGCGCAGGGGGAUGGGGGCGCGGAACAGCCCGCGCAAGGGGACGCGUGGACCUUCGAGGAGGAUCAAUCCGGGCAAGGCGGGGCGCAAGGCGGGGGGCAGGGGGGGGAGAUGGGGGAACAGGCAGGGGGGGGAGAGCCAGGGGCAGGGCAAGGGGAAGGGGGAGCGGGAGACGAGAGGGGGGACAAUAGUGACUACUUUUUUCACGGGGAUGAUCCCGAGGAGGAGGAAUGGCAGAAGCGGAAGCACAAUUGGCAAGAUGCGGGUUCUAACAGUGACUCUACCGACCCUAAUGCUACUGAUGACGCUAACGGGCCUAGUGAUUAUAACGAAGCAGAGCAGACCCGAACGCCUGGUAGCCCCGUGGAUGCUAACCCUAAUGGUGGGAAUCCUGACGACGAUCUGUUUUCUGACAACAAUCCGUCUAAUUUUGACGAAGCAUUUCCUAACAGCAGCAAUCCGGCCUCUCAGGACGCUCCUGCAGCUAAGAUGGCUGACUCCGUUACCACCGGGUCAGGCUCGGAAGGAUCCGAACCUGCAGCUCCGGCGAGUAACAGCUACUCUGAAGGCUACGAGAAGAUGGCUAGCGGGCAAAUCAGCGCAGAGGGCAUCUUGGGAAUCGUACUGGGAGUGACUCUGGGUGCUGGCCUCUGCCUUCUGGUAGUCUGUGUGUGCUGGGUGCGGCAACGGAACAUCAAUCGUGCCAAAGAGUCUGAAGCCAUGACAGCAUAUGUUGAUGACAGCAGCGAGGAAGAGGACGAGGAGGGGUUGGAAGAAGCAUCAGACACGGCGCUGAUGGGCGGGAUAGUGGGAACACACAGAGCUCUGGAUAUUGAGGCGCAGCAGGCACUCAAGUCCUCCAAGCGAGGUGCCUUUUGA